CCACCGUGUCAAAGAGUCCCGAUGUGAUGCAUUUGACCGGUGGCAAUUCGAAUACUUUUAAUCCGAUUGCACCAACUAAUAAUUCUUCUCCCAAUAAUUGUUCUUCUUCAAUUGUUAAUAGUAAAAAGCAUUCAAAUUCCAGUUUAUUUGCUCAACACAUAGAUAGCUCAAGAAAUAUCAGUAAAAAUUCGCUACGCUUAGAUAUUACUAGUAAAACAUGCGAUGCACUUAGCGAUGUUGCACAACAGCACCAGCCACAACAGCAAAAUGUCAAUGCAAUGAUUGAUGAUGAAAAUGCCGAAUCAACUUUGUCACCAAAAUGCGAUGCAACAAGUUCACAACAAUCAAAAAAGUCGGUGAAACGGAACUUUAGCAUGAUUAGUUUCAAAUCGCUUGACUUUAAUCUUCGAUCGAUUUGUUCAAGCAUGAAAGUAAAGAAUGCCGGUAAAGAAACGAAUAGUAGUGGAUCCGGUAAAUCGACAAACGUCCCAACUGCAUCGAGCAGUAAAACAAGCAUUACAACCACAACCCGUGCACCGUAUCUCAAAGUUGAAAUUGUCGAUAAUGAUGUCGACGAAGAGCAUUUGUUGAUUUCAUUUCCACAAUCGCCAUACUCGCAUCGCGGAAGUUUUGAUAAAACACAAUCACAGCACUUAACCACAAUUCAAUCCGAUUAUUCACGUUCACAAGCGAGUUCACCGUUUUUAUCGAUUACCACACCGCCCAAUAUUCGACGCUCUUCGACAUCCGAUAUUAUUGAUAAAAAACCAGGAAUGCCAUCCACAAAUGCUACACCAAUCGAUAGCCGCCGACCAAGCACAUCGAGUCUUUUGCGACGUGCCCGCGAACGUAAAGGCAGUGAAACCAAAGGAGCUACGAAUCACAACAUGGGUGCCCGAAGUUUAUCGCAUGGUGGACUACCACGAGGUGGCGGACGAAUGGGAAGAAGAACAAGCAUGGCCUUUUAAAUUGCAUUUCGAUCGCCAUGUCUCCGAACUCAAACGUACACAUUUUACGGAAUUUUUGAGCAAUCUUUGGAAUCAUUCAAUUAGCUUAUAAAAAAAAUGACAUACACAAAAAAAACAUACAGAAGAAAAAAAACUCGCGCUGCAAUACGAUUUUAUGAGUAUACUAAAGCGAUUUGAUUAAAUUCAGACAACUAACCAAAUACAAUACAUCAGCCUAAUAUAUUUACAUAUGUACCUUACAACAAAAACUAACUUUUAACAAACAAAACUACUUACGUCUGAUAGCAAGAAAAAAGAAGACGGCAGAAUAGUAGAAGAAGAAGCAGAUAGAAUUUGCGAAUUAAAAUCCAACCAAACUAAAUGGCAUACACAUAUAGAUUUUUUCCAAAUUUGUUAAGCUAAACCAAAUAAUACAAACAAAAAGCCUAUGCGUGAAGAAAUAAAACCUUACCGUUCGUCGCCAAAUAACUCACUACAAUACAAUUUUUAAAUCAAGAAUUUUUUUCAGCAAAUUUUCACUGAUUAACUAUUAAACAUAGAUAAUACCAAUUUGAUGAAUUUAGAAAGAAUAAAUGACAGUCGGUAGUCUCUUGCAUCUGAGGUUGAAUUUUUCAAGUUUCGGUUUCAUUCUAAAUGAUUUGAUGUGAAACGAGCAACGAAUUCAGAAUAUUUAUAUAUUUUAGACUGAUAACCUCAAUUUCUCUCUCACGAUUUUUUUCUCUUUAUCUAUAGAUAUCUCGUUCUCUAUAAACUCCGUCGAUCGAAUUAGGUCUCUUUUCCUAAUGAAAUGACUCUAGUAUAUUUAGCGUAUUAUUUUGAUUUGGUUUGCCUUUUUGAACUAUUACCAUUAGUUCGUUCGUUACAUUAUGAAUAUGUGAAUGACUGUGAUCUCGCAUCUCUAUGACAGAAGGGAGUCUAUUCAAAGAAGAAAUGACAAACAACUGUAUCAAUUGUUUCAAUUCUAGCUAAUUAUUAAAAAAAAAAUAUGGAAUCUAAUCACUUUAUUAAUUUUAGAUUAGGAUGGGAAUUGAAUUUUAGGUAGCACAAAUUAUAUCAAAGCAAACAAAAGAUAUUCAAUUAAAAUAUCUUAAAAAAAUCUAUUUUCACGAACAAUAAUUUCGUAUUCGAUAUGUGUUCUGACUCUUUAGACUCUUCUAUAUAAUGUUAUUGAAUAAUUUAUCAAAAAA